AUGGCCUACACGACCAAGUACCAUGAGGACUCGGACGCCGAUGACGAGUUUGAGCGCCAGGGCAUCUCUAGCCCGACCCUACCCGCCGAGUACGAGAGCUCCCCCACGAGCUCCGGCCCGCUGAGCACUGAACACACGCCCACCACCUUCACCCAUUCGCGCGACAGCAAGAGCAGCCCGACGGGGCACAUAAUGGAGUGGAACGAGGAUCAGACGGCCGACUUCAUCGCGGAUCUGGGCCUGGAGCAGUACUCGGACACCUUUGCUAACGAGGGCAUCACGGGCGACGUGCUCGCCGCGCUCCAGCAUGCCGAGCUGAAGGAGCUGGGCGUCGGCAGUGUAGGCCACCGCCUGACAAUCCUCAAGGCCGUCUACGAGAUCAAGGUACGGCAGAAUGUGCCCAUGGACCCCGACGACUACGUCCCGCUAUCCGCGGAUACGUCGGCACAGGAAGCGCCGCCAACCCAAGACGACUUCGCCAAGGUCAUUCGCGUAGUCCAGGCGCGCGACGAGCGCAUACACACGGCCGAAUCGGAGCUGCGACAUCUUAGAGAAGACCUCAGCAGGGUCAUGGACGAGAACAAGCGGCUACGAGAGGAGAUCCUGCCACUCGUGCGCAUGCUCAAGGAUAACCAACCCCUGCCUACGCCCCACGAGCACUCCGUCACAUCGCCACCUGCAACUCAAGAGAGAUCUGGUGGCAGCAGUCUUUCGCCAUCUCUCGGUGGUGGCCCGCAACUGUCGCCCAACUCCAUCGCCCAACCCUCCCCGACAUCCCCCGCAUACACACAAGGCCAAGGCCGCCAGUACAACCGCGAAAUACCCCGAAGCGGGCACGACCACGACGGCAACUCAGGGUGGAGUCAAAACACAUGGAAUUCAGACACAACUGCUGUAUCCGACCGCAAUCGCGACCCCCGCGCUACGCCCGCACCACUGUCAUCACGACAGAUGCGAAACAACGCUGCACCAACACCAACCCCCGACGAUCGCGACCCACCACUCUCUGGCGGUUCAAGCUCAAUGAACACAUCCGCAUCCAAUCCCGCAUCCACGCCAUCCACGAACCCGCAAGUUGAAAUCUUCAAAUCGUUCCGAGUCUCAAUCGACGAUCCGUGCCACAAGGUGCUCCCGGUCGCGCUUAAGAAAUACAACAUUACGGCAGACUGGCGCCAGUAUGCCCUGUAUAUUGUACAUGGUGAUCAGGAGCGCUGUCUAGGACUCAACGAGAGGCCGCUGAUAUUGUUCAAACAACUUGACAAGGAAGGCCGGAAACCCAUGUUCAUGCUUAGGAAGCAUGCAGCACCGCAAGAAGGCCAUGUCAGCACUGUGGGCGGAAACGAUGUACGGCCCGUCAAUCCGCAGACAGAGAGCUUCGGGUGGGGUAACCAGAAUAGAGGGACACCCCUGCCCGGAGGCGUUCUGUAG